GCUGAGCGGCGCGGCGCGGCGCAGGCGUCGUGACCUUAGGUCUGGGCGAACCCCGGAGCGGUUUGAGCCGCGAAGAGGGAGAGAUGAAUCCGGCGCCGCUUCUGUGUGUCGUGACCACGCGAUCGGGAGACCAGGACAAAGACUCCUGCUGCCCGGGGGCUACGCGGCCGAGGCGGAGGAGAGACUGUCGGUAUCGCCGCCGCCGCCGCCAUCUUGGUUAAGGGCGCGGGCCCGUGGGACGCAUGCGCGGCCGUCGUUCUUCGUGGCGUCAGUUCGUGGCAGGGCGCAUGCGUCGGUUGAUUGACGGGUUCGGAAGGGAGGAUCCGCGCACGAGAAAGCGGAGCCCGGAGGAAUCAUUGUCCCUUCUGGUUGCAAUGGGGGUCGGUGCAAGAACACUUUGCAGCCGCAUGCAAUGGGAAAGGAUCGCAGGCUGGAUACUCGGAACAAGCACCAGGAUCUGCUAGGCACUCGUUUCGCCAGCACUUGGCGAUCGUUAUUUCUGCUGCUGCUGGAGGAGGGGGGUGGAAAAGCAGGUUCACAUCCCCUGGUUGAGACCCCUCCUCUAGCUUCCCGACCUGAGAACCAAGUCUGGAUGUACCGACGGACACAGCAGGAGGUGGGUUUGGAUCUGCUUGGGUGUUGAAUGAGGAGGAAAUUCGAACAGGUGGAUUUGCACCCAGCAAACUCGAUCCAAGCAUUGCUCUUGCUCUGACGGAGUAGCUCCCUUUUUGUUUGUCGCCUGCUUAUCACAGCAGUGUGACCAUGGAAGGCCAAAGCACCGAUCGCAAUGGGGAGAAACUCUACACAUGUUUGGUUUGUGGACACGUCUUUUGUCACUCAUCUGACCUUUCAAUACACCAGCGUCAUCACACUGUGGAGAAGGUCUGGAAAUGUGCGGAGUGUGGGAAGGGAUUCAAAUAUCCAUCCCUGUUGGAAACUCAUCAGCGCAGUCACACUGGGGAGAGGCCAUUCAUCUGCUCUGAGUGUGGCAAAGGCUUUGCUGCAUCAUCCACUUUGCUGUCACAUCGGCGAGUGCACACUGGGAAGAGGCCGUUCACCUGCUCUGAGUGUGGGAAGGGUUUCACUCAGUCAUCUACCCUGCUGUCGCACCGGCGCGUUCAUACCGGGGAGCGGCCGUUCACCUGCUCUCAUUGCGAAAAGGGAUUCACUCAGUUAGCAAACCUCCUGAAACACCACCGAGUUCACACCGGGGAGAGACCAUUCACCUGCUCCCUGUGUGGGAAUGGGUUCACCCAGUCGUCUGACCUGCUGAAGCACCAGCGGGUUCACACUGGGGAGAGACCAUUCAGUUGCACCCAGUGUGGGAAGGGGUUCACUCAGUCAUCCCACCUACUGAAACAUCAGCGAGUUCACAAGUAAUCACAGUCAGGGGUUUCUGCUAUUUAAGUAUGCACAGGAAUGAACCACAGACAUUAGGAUCUCUUUCUGAGGAUGAUAUUUAAUCAUAAUGUGGAUGCACUUCAAAUAUAAAGACAAAUCUACAGGAUGAAUUUGAGAAAAUAAUCCCAACUCGCUGCAUGUGAAUGCCUUUGUACUGUGUAGAGAUGUUCACCUGGACUGUGUGAAAUUUUCUGAUUCAUCCAAUGACCUCCACUUGUCAGAGUGGCUGUCCAUCUCUCAACCAUGUUUUGUGGAGGGCUGUUUCUGAUGUUUGUAAACUCAAGUUUGAUCAUGUACUUGAGGUAAAGAUUGAAUAAAUCAACUUUCUGUUAAACGCA